CUCAGAAUUUUUCAAAGUCCAUUUACCGUAAGCGAAAAUUGAAAAGUUCGUAAAGUUAAUUUUGUGAUCGUGUUCGGAAAGUUUGUUGUCUUGUCUCUUGUCGAAUUGGGACGAGUGACGCUUACCAAGUCUUAGAGAAGGACCCCCGAAAUUGACGAUGACGAUUUGAAAUGCAACGAACGAGAACGAUGAGAAUCAACUGAAAUUGCGGCGACUUUUUUCGUUCGCUAUUUGAACAAUGAAACAAGUUUUAUUAACAUUUGAACUCGAUACUCAAGUCGAUUUGUUUUGAUGCGGUCUAAUGUCAGUGUUGCUUGACAGCCUCGAAAAUAGGCUUAGCUUAGUUCGAUUGUGUUGUCCUUAAUUGGUUGUAUUAACCAUGGCAGUCGGUAGCAAGAGAAGGCUUUCUCUUAGUUGUUUUUGUAAUUUGGCAAACGUGUUGGUUAGGAACUCUAUGACCUAGUGAUGCUUCGAGAGAAUUCCACCGUUUAAAGAACAGUGCCUAGUGUUCUUUGGAAAUUCGGUAUAUUUACUUUUGACAGUGUAUGUUUCGGAGUGUGCUGUUUUUCCGUCGGCUUUGUAGCGAAAUGUGUGAAGUUAGUGAAACCGCUCUGUAGCCAAGUACAGUUGCGCACUAGACAUGAAUUUAGAAUCCUUACAACGACUGGAAGAUCGCCUAGAGAACUCUCAUCAGCAAAUUCAUCACACUUCGUCCCAUCACCACCAUCAUCAUUAUCCUCACCACUUGGGACUUUCAUCCAAGUCACUGUCUAGUGUUUCGGGCACAAUGCCACAACGAUCUCCGUUCGCUAUUCAGGAACUAUUGGGUUUAAGUGAUAGUUCACGAAAUGCUGCUGGAGGGGGAUCAGCAGCGGCUGCAGUGGCAGCAGCAGCGGCUGUAUCAGCUGUUACUCCCACUCUUUAUCCCAGUGUAGCUCAAACACCAUUCAGUGCGGAUCAGCAUCACCAGAUGACAAUGGCAGCAUCGCGUAUGGCCUACUUCAAUGCUCACGCGGCAGUUGCAGCGGCAUUUCUACCGCAUAACAUUGCAGCGGCUGGAGCGGGAGGACAUCAUCUAUUGCAUCCCCAAACUAGUGCAGGAUUUUCGCAACUUAAGUCAUCAUUUGGAUCAAGUGCAUCCUGUAUGGGAGGUUCGCUAGAUUCAAAGGACUUUACAGUUGAUGGGAUCAAUGGUUUUGGCAGCAAGAAAAAGAAGAAAAAACGACGACAUAGUCGCACAAUUUUCACUAGUUAUCAAUUAGAUGAAUUAGAGAAAGCAUUCAAGGAGGCACACUACCCUGAUGUGUACGCCCGCGAAAUGCUAUCCCUUAAAACAGAUUUGCCUGAAGACCGAAUACAGGUUUGGUUUCAAAAUCGUCGAGCAAAGUGGCGAAAAACGGAAAAAUGUUGGGGCCGGAGCACAAUUAUGGCGGAAUACGGACUCUAUGGCGCAAUGGUGCGACAUUCGCUACCGCUUCCCGAGACCAUACUUAAGUCAGCCAAAGAAAAUGAUGCGGUGGCACCUUGGCUAUUAGGUAUGGAAGCAAAAAGUAUGCAUCGAAAAUCAUUGGAAGCUGCCGAGGCAUUGAAAAAUGAGGAUAGUGCUAAUAGUGACCGUGAUGAAACAACGUCAAAAUGUAGUGAUAAAUCAAGCAGUGGAAAUAAAACACAUCGAUCAUCACCUUGUGGAACAUCAUCUUGCCCACCACCCCCUCCGCCGCAUUCACAGCAAUCAUCGCAACAUGCCUCAUCCACAAUCACGGUACGAACUUCCAGCCCCGCCUCGUCAACUUCUUCUUCACCGAUAGAUGUGCAAAGUUCACAGGGAAGUCCACCUCAAGCACAUAUGCACCAUUUGCAUCCCUCGCACCACCACCAACAACAACACCAAUCUCAGCACAGUCAUCACAAUGAUGUACUUAUGGAUGGACUUAAUAAUAGUAAUAAGGAACUUAAUUUGGUUGUUAACUCGUCACCACCUCUAUCAGCACCUGGAGGCGGACAUCUAGUUGGAUUACAUCAUCCUGUUGGACCUCCAGGAUUUCAUCCGGAUCAAGACCCUGAGAUUUUUAGAAACAACUCCAUUGCAUGUCUUCGAGCAAAAGCCCAAGAGCACCAGGCUCGCCUUUUGAAUAGUGGCCUACUCCUGCAAGUACGCUCCUUAGCUGGCCUCAACAGUCCUGCUGAAAGUAGUAAUGCAAGCCUUUCUCCGCAACAUGUUCUAACAAAUUGUGAUUCUAAUGGAAAUUUAAAAAUACGCGAUGAAUGUACUAUGCAAACAAAUCUAACAGGAUCAUCCGCAAUACAACAUUCACCAUCACCAAUGACAAAGAAAAUUUCAAUACUCGAUGACCAUCAGACGCAAUCUCAACAACAACAACAUCAACCGCAGCAUCAAUCUUCAGUGACAGCAACGAAUAACGAUCGAAAUAAUUUAUUUUACCAAUUAAAGAGUGAACUAAAUACGAAUAAUACGAUUAGCUGUAGUGAUAUGUGACAGUAAAAGGAUAAUUGUACAGUUAAGAUUUAGAAAAUUUAGUAGCAACGAUCUUAACGAAACGAAUGGCUAUGCAGCAAUGCUAACUUUUAAAUCGCCUUGUAAAUAGAUAUCGGGUAAAGAUAUAAAUCAGGAAAAUAUUAAGAUUAUCCAUUUAUAAUAGCACUC